ACAUCAGGUGCAUGUUGACUGAGACCUGGAGUCAUGGAUGUGUGCUCCCGUGUUGCCCUGUGGCUCUUCUGGGGGCUCCUCCUGCAUCACGGCCAGAGCUUCAGCCAUAGUCACAGUGAGAAGGCGACAGGAGCUGGCUCGGGGGCUAGUUCUGAGGAGUCCACUGCAGCAGAGUUUUGCCGGAUUGACAAGCCCCUGUGCCACAGUGAGGAUGAGAAGCUCAGCUUUGAUGCAGUCCGCAGCAUCCACAAGCUGAUGGACGAUGAUGCCAAUGGUGAUGUGGAUGUGGAAGAAAGUGAUGAGUUCCUGAGGGAGGACCUCAAUUACCAUGACCCGACAGUGAAACACAGCACCUUCCAUGGUGAGGAUAAGCUCAUCAGUGUGGAGGACCUGUGGAAGGCAUGGAAGUCUUCAGAAGUGUACAACUGGACCGUGGAUGAGGUGGUGCAGUGGCUGAUCACGUACGUGGAGCUGCCUCAGUAUGAGGAGACCUUCCGGAAGCUGCAGCUCAGUGGCCAUGCCAUGCCGAGGCUCGCUGUGACCAACACCACCAUGACAGGGACUGUGCUGAAGAUGACAGACCGGAGCCAUCGGCAGAAGCUGCAGCUGAAGGCCCUGGACACAGUGCUGUUUGGGCCUCCUCUCUUGACCCGCCAUAAUCACCUCAAGGACUUCAUGCUGGUGGUGUCUAUAGUUAUUGGUGUGGGCGGCUGCUGGUUUGCCUACAUCCAGAACCGGUACUCAAAGGAGCACAUGAAGAAGAUGAUGAAGGAUCUAGAGGGGUUACACCGAGCUGAGCAGAGUCUGCAUGACCUUCAGGAAAGGCUGCACAAGGCCCAAGAGGAGCACCGCACAGUGGAGGUGGAAAAGGUCCAUCUGGAGAAGAAGCUGCGUGAUGAGAUCAACCUUGCCAAGCAGGAAGCCCAGCGGCUGAAGGAGCUGCGGGAGGGUACGGAGAAUGAGCGGAGCCGCCAAAAAUACGCCGAGGAGGAGCUGGAGCAGGUCCGGGAGGCCCUGAGGAAAGCAGAGAAGGAACUGGAGUCACACAGCUCGUGGUACGCUCCAGAGGCCCUUCAGAAGUGGCUGCAGCUGACACACGAGGUGGAGGUGCAGUACUAUAACAUCAAGAAGCAAAACGCCGAGAAGCAGCUGCUGGUGGCCAAGGAGGGGGCUGAGAAGAUAAAAAAGAAGAGAAACACACUCUUCGGCACCUUCCACGUGGCCCACAGCUCUUCCCUGGACGACGUGGAUCACAAAAUCCUAACUGCAAAGCAAGCUCUGAGUGAGGUGACGGCAGCACUGCGGGAGCGCCUGCACCGUUGGCAGCAGAUUGAGAUCCUCUGUGGCUUCCAGAUUGUCAACAACCCCGGCAUCCACUCCCUGGUGGCUGCUCUCAACAUAGACCCCAGCUGGAUGGGCAGUACGCGUCCCAACCCCGCCCACUUCAUCAUGACGGAUGACGUGGAUGACUUGGAUGAGGAGAUGGUGUCACCCUUGUCCAUGCAAUAUGCUGCCUGGCUGAUGGGGCGUAGGUUCAGUGAUCGCUCUCUCUGCUCAACAUCCGCCGGCUCGGAUGAUCAGUCCCUCUGGAAAUACCCGGCUCCCACCCUGCAGUGCAGUGUCCGGCAGCGCCUGACGGAGCCACAGCAUGGCCUGGGAUCUCAGAGGGAUUUGACCCUUUCCGAUUCGGAGUCCUCCCUCCACAUGAGUGACCGCCAGCGUGUGGCCCCCAAGCCUCCUCAGAUGGUCCGUGCUGCAGACGAGGCCCUCGGUGCCAUGACUUCCAAUGGCAGCCACCGGCUGAUUGAGGGGGUCCAUCCCGGCUCUUUGGUGGAGAAACUGCCUGACAGCCCUGCCCUGGCCAAGAAGGCACUCCUGGCGCUGAACCAUGGGCUGGACAAGGCCCACAGCCUGAUGGAGCUGAGCCCCUCAGCCCCACCUGGUGGCUCUCCACCUUUGGAUUCUUCCCGUUCUCACAGCUCCAGUUCCCCAGACCCAGACACGCCAUCUCCAGUUGGGGACAGCCGAGCCCUGCAGGCUAGCCGAAAUACACGCAUUCCCCAUCUGGCUGGCAAGAAGGCCGUGGCUGAGGAGGAUAAUGGCUCCAUUGGCGAGGAGACAGACUCCAGCCCAGGCCGGAAGAAGUUCCCCCUCAAAAUCUUUAAGAAGCCUCUUAAGAAGUAGGCAGGAUGAGAGUGGCAGUGGCGGGACAGCUUGUCCUUCCCUGGUCUUCUGCCUCCCCUUCCUCCCCGUCCAAGACACCUGGCCCCUCGAGUGGGGGCCUGGGAGGGGCUGGCCCAGGGGCCUGGGCACUGUACAUACCUGCCCCCCUCGUCCUUGGGUCCUUCAACAUUAUUUAUUAACUGACCACCAUGGCCUGCCUGCCCUGCCUUUCUCCCCGCCAUGGGCUGCGGCUGCCACCCCCUCUCUACUUCAGUGCAUGUCUUAGUUGCUGUCCCCUCAGCUCCCACCUCCACCUCUGGGGUCCAGCUUCUGUCUCUGCUGUCCCAGUUUUGAAGUUUGGUUUCUUGUUUCUCUGUUUCCUGCUUUCAGGCUCCUCCCUCCCACCACUCCCCAACUUCCCCUAGCAGCUAGGCGGGGGAGGAUAGGAGUAACUUCCGACAUCUGUGCCUCAGACCUGUUCCACCCCACCCACGAUGGUUCUGUUUACCUCAGACUGGGGCUGAGGGCCUAAUAUUUGAGGUUUGUUCUUUGUUGAGUGUGGUGGGUCAGAAGGAAACUGGGCCUGGAGCUCGCUUGAGCCUCCAGGGGUUCAUGGGGGACUGGAACACAUUCCUAGAGAACAAGCUACUAGAGAAUUUUGAAGAGAGGCUAGGCUAGGAGUUAGGUCAAGAGAGACUCCUCUUAGUUGGGGGAUGAGUAGACGCCAGAGUUGUGGGCUACAGGGCUGUCACCUUUUCUCUCUCCUCUCACCUACACCUGCCUCUUUCUUAUCCUUGCUCCCCCACACUGCAGGAAGGUUUGACUAUAAGAGGUGCUGCCCAAAUGCUCCCCAAGCAUCAGUACUCCUGGAGCUCAGACAAAUGGCUUCCCUGGCCAUGGGAGCCUCAGCCAUGAUACAGGGCUCUAAUGGGGCCCUGGAGCUGUUGGGCAGGAUAUUGUUGCAUUUGAACCAAAAAACAUUUUUAAAUUGAGAAAAGAAAUCUCCUGAAUUUCCCAAGUGCCUGCACCACAUACUCCCCUUGUCAGACCACAUUUUCAUGUUACUGCAUAGCUUGGGCCAGAGGCUCAAAAAGGACACAGCUGGUUUAGGGAAGGGGGUGGCUGAGGAAGACAGUAUAGGUGAAGGCAGCUGUCUUCCCCCCUCUUCCCCCACACCCUUCCCACCCUCCAGACAACUCUCUCCCUUACCUGUUUUUGCUAUGGCUAUAAAGGUAUUUUCCUUUUGCCCCACUCCUUCCCAUGCCUUUACUCUGGGAUCCUCUUUUGGGCCUGGGGUGCAGGCACCUGGGGCUGGUCUUAGGAGGGUGCUAGGCUGCAGACUGCCUCGUACCCCCUGGACACCCUCACAUGGUUUUUCUGUGUUAUUUCAUAAGACUCUUUGAAGUCCAAUAAAGCAUGUAGGAGAUUUUAACCUC